AUGGAUAAAUAUAUCGAGAAUGGGAGUAGAUCAGCCUCAUCUAGUUCUAGUGAUAUUGAUAUUGAUAUUGAUUUCAAUCAUUUUGCUACUUUGAACUUAGCUAAUUGCAACGACUCUGAGAAAGCCAAAAGUGAGUAUCUAAUUCUCUUAAAUGCUUCAAUUGAUGUUGCAAGGUUCAUUUUAAAACAUGGAUGGUCAUUUUUGGCUGACGAUGAGAAAAAACUUUUGGAAAGAGAAGUCGAUAAAUGGGAGGGUGUCUAUGAUGAGGAAGAAGUGACAAUUGUUUUGCGAUAUGUUGACAAAAAGGUGAUUCUGACGGAACGUCUCAUUGGUAUUAUUCAAGUUAUUGAUCAAUCUGCACGAUCUAUGAAAGAAAAAAUAGAUUCUUUGCUUAUGGGUUACUCAUUGAGUCUAUCUAAGAUGUGUGCACAAGGUUAUAAUGGAGAUACUAACAUGCAAAGAGAUAUCAAUGGUCUUAAGACAUUGAUUUUGCAAGAUAACCCGUUGGCGAAUUGCACUCAUUGCUUUGCCCAACCACUACAUUUCACACUUGUAACCGUUGCUAAAAGACAAUGUGAUGUUGGUCGAUUUUUUGCUAUACUCACUUUUGUGCUGAAUGUGGUAGGAGCUUCUUUUGAGCGCCAAACUAUUUCACAAGAAAAUCAAGAUGAAAAAUUGAAAGAAUUGCUUAAUUUUGGUAAAGUUCUGACUUGGCGAGACUCCAGUCAGAAGUAUGAGUUUGAAAGAUUAGGUGAUGCUCCUUUGAAAUCUCAUUUUAAGUCAUUGCUUAGUGUCAUUACUAUAUUUUCAUCAGUUGUUCAUGUGUUAGAAGUUAUUGCGAGUUUACGCUCUCCUGAGAGAAUGUGGGCAGAAGAUCUUCUGGAAGAUCUACAAUCAUUUGAAUUUGUUUAUAAGCUGCACUUCAUGUUGAAGGUACUGGCUAUCACAAAGGAGUUGGACAUAGUUUUACAAAAAAAGAUCAAGAAAUUGUAA